GCUGUGAGUGAGUGGGACGGGCGCGCGGUGCUGCUCACUGUGAGCUAGAAACUCAAGCGAUGGAGACCUGAUCUGUGUAACACCGCGCUGUGGGAUUAUAGUUAAUACAUAACAAAAAAAAAAACAACAACAUAUAACUCGUCGUUAAUGGACUCAUGACCGGAGGGCGCUGGUUUCCCAGGGAUAGCGGAAGGAACCGGACGAUUCUCGGUGCGCUCGCGGACACGUAAGCGACGCGGAAAAAGUUGCGCGCGAGUCGGUUUGUGUUUGUCAGGCUCGCGCGUUUGUUUACCGUCGUUAGCUGCAGUGCUAACGGGCUGGUGUUUGGUCUUUGGCUUGUUUGUUAUUCUUGUUAAAGAAGUAUAUAAAUAUAUAAUGGCGGGUUUACAGGCGAAAGUGUUGUACGACUUUGCUUCUGAAAACCCGGGAGAGAUCUCGGUGAAGGAGAAUGAGAUGGUGACUCUGUACAGUGAGCAGGACAUAGAGGGCUGGCUGGAGGCACUGAACAGUAACGGGCAGAGAGGACUCAUCCCUGCGUCCUACGUCGAGGUCCUGAAGAACGAAAUACCUUCCUCCCUUAACAACAACAACAUUGCUGUUGAUUCGUACCAGGGCUCUCAGAGUGCCAAUACUUAUGCCAAUGCAGCACCUCCAUUACAGCAGAGCUACCCAGCAAGCCAAGGGAGCGACGACGACUGGGACGACGACUGGGACGACAGCUCGACGGUGGCUGACGAGCCGGGUGUCACACGUGGAGGUCUCCACGUUUACGAAAACGGGCCGAACACCUACAGGGUGUCCACGUCCUCCAUGGCCCGUGGUCCGAACGCUCAGCAAGCCAAGAGUUCGGCUACGGUGGGCAGAAACCUUAACAGGUUCUCUACGUUCGUGAAGUCGGGAGGCGAGGCGUUUGUGCUGGGCGAGGCGUCCGGAUUUGUCAAGGACGGCGAUAAGAUCUGCGUGGUGAUCGGGCAGUAUGGCCCCGAGUGGCAGGAAAACCCGUACCCUUUUCUGUGCACCAUCGACGAUCCGACCAAGCAGACGAAAUUUAAGGGGAUGAAAAGCUACAUCUCGUAUAAACUAACUCCGACGCACACGCAGAACGCGGUGAACCGUAGGUAUAAGCAUUUCGACUGGCUCUACGCCAGGUUGGUCGAGAAAUUCCCGGUCAUUUCAGUUCCACACAUCCCCGAGAAGCAGGCCACCGGCCGAUUCGAAGAGGAUUUCAUUUCCAAAAGAAGGAAAGGUCUGAUAUGGUGGAUGAACCACAUGACGAGCCACCCGGUGCUGUCCAGGUGUGAUGUCUUCCAGCACUUUCUGACGUGCAGCAGUACAGACGAAAAGAGCUGGAAGCAAGGCAAGAGGAAGGCGGAGAAGGACGAGAUGGUCGGAGCGAACUUCUUCCUCACGAUCAGCACACCUGCGUCCUCUCUCGACUUGCAAGAAGUCGAGAGUAAGACUGACGGGUUUAGAGGCUUCACCAAAAAAAUGGACGAUAGCGUGAUACAGGUGAACGCCACGCUCAACGAGUUUGCAAGGAAACAGAUCACUGGAUUUAAGAAGGAGUAUCAGAAAGUCGGCCAGGCGUUUAAGAGUCUCAGCCAAGCUUUCGAGCUUGACCAGCAGACGUACUCUGCCGGCCUGAACCAUGCGCUUGCAUACACUGGCGAUGCUUACGAAGCCAUCGGAGACUACUUUGCAGAACAACCGAAACAGGACGUGGACCCAGUGCUGGAUCUCCUUGCACUGUACCAAGGACAUCUUGCCAACUACCCUGACAUCAUCCAUGUUCAGAAAGGUGCUUUGACCAAGGUGAAGGAGAGCCAGAAACACGUGGAGGAGGGUAAAAUGGAGCGGCAGCAGGCCGACGGCAUCGCGGAGCGCUGCAACAUCAUCUCGUUUGCCACGCUAGCCGAAAUCCAGCACUUCCACCAGAUCCGCGUGCGCGACUUCAAGGCCCAAAUGCAGCACUACCUGCAGCAGCAGAUCAGCUUCUUCCAGAAAGUCACAGUUAAGCUGGAGGACGCGCUCAAGCAGUACGACAACGUCUAAAUCCACCACAAACCCUUCAUCUUCAUUUUCCCAGGAGGAAGGUGAAUGUUAGCCAGCCUCUAGUUUAGCAAUACGCUAAAAAAAAUGAGAAAACAUUUUAUUUUAUUAUUAUUAUUAUUUUUUAAUCUACACGAUGAAUGUCUUGUCGCCGCAGAGCAGGGCUGAUUAAAGCGUACAGGGGGAAAUCAUGUGACGAGAUAUCGUUAACUCUCUCUAGGAGAGGUAAUGAUUUCCAGAUAAAAGGGAAGGGAAGACUUGUUUUUUUUUUUAACAGCUAGGAGAUUAGAUUACAGCUCUGUGGAACUAAUAGCACUGAGGGGCAAUAAGCAUUCCAGAUUGUGGAAAGCACAAUUUCUGCUUUACUAACACAGCAGUUUAUUUACACGGAAAAUCUGAUUAUAAAUCGCAGUGCGCUCCUGCACUCCUUCAUGCCAACCUUCAGAAGUGAGCUUAUUUUCGAAAUGUUUACAGAGAUCUGAUGAGUAGCUGUCUUCACUUUGCCGUGCCUUCUCAACCCUGUCUCUUGUAAUAUUUUUUAAUUCCUUUUUAAAAAAAUAAAUAAAUAAUAAUAAAAAAAAAACAUUACAUACAUUAUAUAUUGUACUUAUUCUUAGAUGUUUUAUAAGGCCUUUAUUUUUUUGGACCUUGCUGCUAAAGUAAAAAAAUGUUGGUUGUGUGGGUCGUGUUCCAUUACGAGAAGACGUGGGAACAGAAUGUCCUAAUUUGGCUCUGGGAGUGAUUUUAUUAUUUUAUGUUUUCCCAUGAUGUUUUCAGUAACACUCCAGAAAACCGGAUUAAAAGAAAACAGUUGUGCCCUGGGUUGAUCGCCUCAAUCAUUUGGUAAUAGAUAUGAAAAUAUUCCCAUGACACGUGGAUCAGGGAUUUACUGUAAAUAAAGUGAUUAACAGCCUAACCACGUGGCUCACUCAGGACUUCACUUCUGUCGUGUAUUAUCACGGACACUUCCUACGGACCGGACGUGCAACCCCAUGGAGGACUAAGGAUCGAUUUUAUUUCAUCCUGAAUGUUUUUUUUUAACAUCGUGUUUAAGAAAACAGCUUGAAAAAAAAUUUUCACUUUUUUUUUCUUCAAAAAUAAACCCUGCACAUAACUUA